AUGGAGUUCUUUUCAUCAAUUCCAACACAUAUUGAUUACGUUGGUCAAGCAAAAGCAGAGAAAUUGUACAGAGCAAUCAUCACACUUUUCAGCAUUGUCGGUUUUAUUUGGGGAUAUAUAGUUCAACAGUUUUCUCAAUCCGUGUACAUUCUUGGAGCCGGAUUUAUAUUAGCUGCCAUUCUGACAGUGCCACCGUGGCCUAUGUACCGACGAAAUCCAUUAAAUUGGCAAAACCCCAAAAACACUGAAGAAAAGCCAGUGGGGAAGAAAGGGAAGAAAUAA